AUGACGAACGCGCCGAAUCGAUUCGACCUGUUCAUCCUGGGUCCGGACGAAAAGCGCGUCGAGGUGGUCGAAGACACCAAGAUCCCCAACGCCGCCACGUUCUGGUUCAACAAGGAAGAUCAUACGCUCGGCAACCUGCUGCGUCAUGCCGUGCUCGCCAACCCCGCCGUCCUCUUCUGCGGUUACAAGGUCCCACAUCCCUUGGAGCCAAAGGUGUUUGUAAAGAUUCAAACGGAUGGAUCGUCGACCCCGACCGAAGCGCUCAAGCAGGGAUGCCAGAAAUUGAUCGUCCAGAUCAGCGGGUUGAAGGGCGCCUGGCGAACAGAGGUGCAGAUGAGCGGCGCAGGGACCGUCGAUGUGGGUGGCUACGGGAGAGACGGGUUUGACCAAGGACAGGGAUAUGGUGGUGACGCCGCUGGGGGUUACGUCGAUAUCUAG